AUGUUCGCACGAAUCAAUAAUUAUUGGAGAAGUGGAUUGUUUUUGCGAAGGUCUUGCCACCCGGCGCCUCUCCAUCAAAAGCUUUGCUUAAAAUCAUCAUCGUUAUCAUCAUUGUGUGAAUUAAUGAAUCAACAUGGUUGCAACUCGGCACCUUCUAGAAGGUGGAUGCAUAGUCAUAAUAGACAUGUCUUUGCUUUGCAUUACAAUGAACUGAAUGAAUUAAUUUCAGGUUCGGAACCGAAUGAAGUAGUGGGAAUUGCCGACUCGGCCUUACUCAAGAGAAUGACUACAAUAUUACGAUUCAAACCUGGAGAUCAAUUUGUAUUGUUUGAUUUGAAUUCAACCUAUCAAUUAUUUAAAGUUGUUCAAAUUGACAAGAGAAUGAUAAAAGCAAUUAAGUUGCAACAUGAUCAGGAUGAAGAAUUACUGACUCUUUUAAAUCAACGAAAGAAAUUCACAAUUACUGCUUCUAUUUGCAUGACCAAAUCAAAAGAUACAUUUGAAGAAAUGAUCUAUCAAUGCAGUUCAAUGGGAGUUAAUCGUAUUGUUCCAAUCAUCACAGAAGAAAAAAAACAACAGCAACAUGCAGAGUAUUUCGAAAACAAGAAAGAACGUCUCAAUAAUAUUAUGAUUGCAGCUAUUGAACAAUCGAAACAAUUCUAUGGAACGCCUUUCAUUGAGACUCCAAUUUCAUUAUCUGACUAUGUGACUAAGAUUUCACGUAACCAAAGUUACGACACGGAAAGAAGAAUCUUCUUGGAUGUGGACGGAGAGCUUUCUUGGAUGAAUUUAUUAAGGGACAUCGAACAAAACAAAAACCAGUCACGUACCACAAGUAUUAACGUUUUGGUUGGACCCGAAAGAGAUUUAUUUGAUCACGAGAGAAAAUACUUGAAAGACAUGGGUUUUACAUCAAUAUCUCUGUCUAAGAAAAUCGUAUACAAAAGUGAAACAGCAUUUACAAUUGCAAUGGGUAGUAUUAUGAGCGUGAUUUGGAACAAAUAG